AUGGGUCUUGCCGCCCCUCGCAAGAGGGUUAAGAUAUCGCACGAUCCAAAUAAUACAACAUGGGCCCAGUCAACAAGUGGCUUCGGCCAUAAGAUAAUGACCUCGCAAGGAUGGACACCUGGAAGUUAUUUAGGUGCGCGAAAUGCAAAUCAUGCCGAUACUUUCACGGCAGCUAGUGCAUCUCACAUCCGAGUGACACUGAAAGAUGAUACCCUUGGCCUGGGUGCUCGUCCCCGGACGUUAGGAAAUGAUGACGUGGCGGCGAUAGAUGCAUUUCAGGGAUUGUUGGGUCGACUCAAUGGGAAGAGCGACGUGCAACUGGAACAAGAGCAACGCAAGCGCGAUGAUACGAGGCUGGCCUUGUAUGCGUCAAAGAAGUGGCAGGCUGUUACUUUUGUUAGCGGUGGCUACUUGGUUCAAGAGAAGCCUGAUGAUGUCUUGAAGUCGAAAAGCAAGAAAAAAUACCACUCAUCGAAUGACACCACUGUUGUGGAUAAGGCAUCCUUCGGUAAAUCAAGCGAUGACAGUGUGGACGAUACUCCCUCUCAGAGCGAGGACGCAGUAUCGUCUGUAAAGGCUGGGAAAUCUAGCAGAACUGCGGAAGCAAAGGACACGAAAGAAAAAUCGAAGAAAAAAGAUAAAGAAGGGAAGAAAGAGAAAUCCGAUAAGAAGGUGAAAAAGGAAAAGAAAGACAAGAAGGAGAGGAAGGAGAGGAAGGAGAGGAAAAGAGAAAAGGAACAAAAGAAAAAAGACGAGAAGGACAGCUCCAAGAAACGACGGCGUGCUGAGGAGGAUUUGGACAGCGAAAGCUCAGAGUCAUCCAGUUUAGAUGAAGCAGACAAUAAGGCCUCCCAGCAGAAGGCUACUAGCACACAAGCGCCGAGACCAAACUGGAGACAUGCUAUUCGCGGCCGACAUAUUCAACAGAAAAGAAUGGCAAUCAUGGAUGACCGAUCAUUGGGCGAAGUAAGUAUCCAGCUCAUCUGUGUGACAAUCCAAUUUCUCAUCUAUAUGCUUACAUUGGACUAG